AUGUGUCCAAAUCUUCGAAGAAGAUUGGGGAGUAGAGGGAGAGUCUUGUCGUGUACGUUCAAGCUAUGCUUCACCCGGUUGGAUAUCGAAAGGAACUACUUUGAGAACAACGAUACCGAAUCCAAUUCACGCUUAUCGUCUUCUCUCAGUUUUUGGAAUAUAAGUUCUCAGCAAUCAUCUGGGAAGUUAAAUUUCUUGUUUUUUGUUCAGGACAGGACUAUGAACGUUAUUCUCUGUUUUCUGAACCAUCUACGUUCUUUGUUUCCAAAACAAAGAAACUACUUUUCAGAUGAUUACUCAUCAAUAAUGGAGAAACAAGGAUAUGGUUACUUCCCAGAUGAUUGCUGGGAACUUAUAUUCCAAAAACUGAGAGAAGAUGAUGAGCGUGACUUGGAUUCGAUAUCUUCGGUCUCAAAGCGGUUCCUUUCAAUAUCUAACCGGGUGAAGCAUAGUUUGAAUGUAAAUGCCAAGAUGCGCCAUCUACUCCCUCAUCUUCUUAGAAGAUUUCAACACAUCAAAAGCAUAGUCAUCUGUUUUGAUUUUAAAAAAGAUGUAGAUGGACUCUUUAAUCAGAUUGCACGGUCUGGAGUACUGAAUCUCCUAGCCAUAUGGUUUCUGUGGAACACCACAGAACCUCCGCGAGAUGGUUUUAGGGCACUUGCGUUGAAUAAGAACAUAAAUAACUAUUUGAAGGUAUUGGAUUGCUCUGGACUGUGCUCUAUGCAAGACAAGGAUUUGGUUUUGAUAGCGGAUUUGUUCCCACGGAUAGAAGAACUCAGGCUUAGAACGGAUGCUUAUAUCUGCAAUGAUGGUGUGGCACGUAUAACAGAUGAUGGAAUUGAUGCGUUGUCAUCCAAGCUUAAGGAGUUGAAGGAAAUUGAGUUUACAGGUUAUGCUUGUUUCAUUACUGAUCAAUCCCUUAUUUCUUUAUCCACAAAUUGUGCGAAACUGAGGAAAAUUAGUCUUUGCAUUUACAGUAGCUGUCAACAUUAUGUUGCUGAAGAUGGCAUUGAUUUUGUGGUGCGGCAUAGUCCCAAUUUGACCUCUCUCUCGCUAGAAUUGUGGUCGUUACAACAUUUUGCAUCCUCUUUUGCAAUUGGAAACGCGUUAGCCAAUGCCAAAAAUCUGCACUCUCUCCCCAUGACUCAAGAACUCAUUUCGGACAAUCAUAUUUGCUUAGUUGCCAAAGCAUGUACUCCGUUAAGAAAGCUCAAACUUGUUGGCUUCAGUGGCCACAUGCUAAUUGACACUGGAAGAGCUAACCCUGAGAAAUUGGGCCCUCUCAAACACGGGUAUAAGCGAUUUGGCUCAGGACAAGAGAUAGAUAAUUUUUCUCCAGAUCCCAUACAUAAAAACUACCGACUGCGACAUCUUGAUAUCUCCGACAAUAUGUGGGUGAAUGAUACAACGCUCGACAACUUUGGGCAGGUUUGCCCAAAUCUACAGUUCCUCGGUGUAAGUGAUUGUCAGCCCGUCACCAGUCUUGGCAUUGGAGAAGUUUUGAGGAGAUGCCCUGCUAUAAGACAACUCAAUAUUGAUUGUCUUCAGGUUUCAGAUAUUUUUGGGAGAUAUUCCGACAAGUCUGUAGUGAAUUUGAAGACAUUGAAAGCUGGUGGGACACAAAUCAAUGAUAAAGGAAUGGCAAUGAUUGGACAUAGGUGUCGAAAUCUCCAAUAUUUGGACAUUGGAUUCUGCAAUGAAGUGACAGAUAAGGGGGUAAUGGAGGUGGUGAGGUGGGCAAAAAGACUGAGGAAUAUAAAUCAAAUCGGGUGUGAAAAAGUGAGCACCCAUAUUUUACCUCAGAUGGUGUUUUUGAGGCCCUCACUGAGGAAAAGUUGA